ACUCCAUCAACAAAACAGACACUCUGUCAGGAGCACUUGCAUGAGGCAUACUUCAGACAUCCCAAUUUGAUUUUGGCAGAGUCUGAGACGGGAAACUUCAGGCAGAAUUGGCAUCAUUUCCCGUCCCAGCACGUGUGAAGUAAUCUUCCGGCUAUUGAGAUAUAUGUGUAUACAAAUAUGAACCCAUGGAAGACAUUUGCCAAGGCAGCACAGGCUUGUUGCAAGGCACAAGCCAACCUUCACUAUGUUGGCACUCCUCUUUUUCGCAGCCGCUAGGUUUUGUAGUGUCUCCUACCUUUUCAUUCUUCCGAUUGUUCGUUACUUUCAUGAGCCCAAAGGACUCCGCAAACACCCCGGGUUCUCGCCACUUUCGGGAUUCACCGACCUGCGCCACAUUUACCUGAGCGCCUGUGGCUACCGCUCGAAGGACCUGUACGAGGCUCACCGACGGGCCCCGAUCUUACGCACCGGACCGAACUCGCUAUCCUUCGGCGACACACACGCCAUCAAAGAUAUCUAUGGCCAUAGCACACCAUGUCUCAAAGACCUCAACUACGUGGUUCUAGGUGAAAGUCACGCCCACAUCUUUGACGUGGUGGAUACGAGCGAUCAUGCUCGCCAGCAUAAAACGCUCUUCGCGGCGUUUGCCCUCGAGAACCUCGAACGCGGGGAAUCUAAGGUCGCCAGACGACGGCCCGGCUCCUCAAGGCCAUCGAUGCCCAUUGCACGACGCCCCUACCACCUGCAAACUGCGCAGUCACGAAGGUGAUGACAUCACGCGGCAGCCAGUGCGUCGGGACCGUUCCGAGACUAGGCCAUUUCUGCUCUAGUCCUGCACGGUCAUUGGCUGAGCCUAUGUCGCUAGCGCGUCUACCCAAUACGGCAAAUUUCCUCAUUAGGUGCGCUGAGUGCUUGCCGGAUAAGGUUUUAUCGCCACGGGCCAGGGGGGGAUCCA